AAUCGAUGUGAUCGAUAUCGGUAGCCGUAGGUACCUAGUUAGUUUAGGAACCUAUGUACAACUUUUUUAAAUUUGAUUUACCCUAAACCUAUAAAUAUUAAUUCGGUAUCUUGUGCUUGUUUUAAAAAGGUAAAUGGUAAUCAAUGGGUGCUAACCAUGAAGAGAAUUCCUUGCGAUAUAGAAGGGCGCAGAGUGUUACAACCGCUGAAGAAAUUACAGAAAAAGAAAAAAAGGCUCGAAGAUCCCAAUUUGAUAGACCAUGUCACAAGCCAAGAGAUUCACUUUUUUCUUGGAGCUCAGAGUUCACAAAUUUCACGGGCUUGGUAAAUUGGGGUUUCCUCAUGUUAACUAUUGGAGGAUUGCGUUUAUGUCUUGAAAAUUUUUUAAAGUAUGGAAUACGUGUGAAUCCAUUUGAAUGGAUAAUUGUUCUAACUGGCUACAAUGAAGGCAAAAAUUACCAAUAUCCAUCAAUUUUACUUUUGAUGUAUAGUGUUGUACCAGCUGUUAUCAGUUUACUGAUUGAGAAAGCGAUUGCAGCGGAAUUAUUCUCACAAAAAUUGGGAGUAAAAUUACAAAUACUUAAUUUAUUAACAGAAAUAAGUCUACCAGUUAUUGUUCUUAAUUUCAGCAAUCAAGAAUUCAGUUUUGUGGGGAUAACCACAGUGUGUAUGAUAUAUCUGGUUAUAUUCCUAAAACUGUGGAGUUACUGUCAAACAAAUCAUUGGUGCAGAAAUGGGACAAGGACAAAGAAGUCUAAAUCCUUGCGUCGUCAGAGUUUAUCGGCUCCAAAUUGUAAUGCGCUUGAUAAUGCCGAGCAAGAUCAAAACUCAGACCAUGAGAAAACCGAUGACAUUGUGGGCAUCGUUAAGUAUCCAGACAACCUGAACCUUAGAGAUUUGUUCUAUUUCUUGCUUGCACCUACCCUUUGUUAUGAAUUGAAUUUCCCACGCACAACAAGAAUUAGAAAAAGGUUCCUCAUCAAGAGAAUAGUGGAAGUAAUAUUUGGAAUGAACCUGAUUAUGGCUCUAUUCCAACAAUGGAUGAUUCCGUCUGUAAAGAACGCUGUUGAUCCCUUCUCUCAAAUGGAUGUUGUAAGAAUUACUGAGCGAUUAUUGAAACUUGCUGUGCCCAACCAUUUAAUAUGGCUAUGUUUCUUCUACCUAUCGUUCCAUUCAUUCCUAAACCUCAUGGGAGAACUCCUGCAUUUCGCUGAUCGUAAUUUCUACAACGACUGGUGGAAUGCAAGGAACAUAGCAGUAUUCUGGAGUACUUGGAAUAUGCCCGUGCACUUGUGGGCUGUGAGACAUGUGUACAUACCGAUCACUGAAAUGGGAUAUGGGAAAGGACUAGCUGGGAUUGUUGUGUUCUUCAUAUCGGCGUUUUUCCAUGAGUACUUGGUAAGCGUCCCGCUACAAAUGUUUAGAGUCUGGGCGUUCCUCGGCAUGAUGGCUCAACCGCCGCUCUCUGUGAUAUCCAAGUUCAUCGAAAAGAAGCUAGGGUCCCGUUGGGGUAACAUCAUAGUUUGGAGUUCCCUUAUACUGGGACAACCUCUGGCUAUUAUGAUGUACUACCACGACUAUGCCAUAGCACAUUAUACUCCUAAAUAAAGGAAUUUCUUAGGAGAUUAUACUAUGUUUUAAAUAGUGGAGAUUAUUACAUUGUUACUAGAAUCACAAUUUUUAUUACUUGUUUUAAAGGGUGCUUAAGUUAAGUUUUAAUAGUACAAAUAGAGUGCAAAAUAUAAUUAUUAAGAGAAAAUCAAACAUUCUAUUGCAUUUCAUAAAAAAAAAUGUAUGAAAUAUUACAUUGUUCAUGUUUAUUUUAUAAAAAAAAUAAGAAUUAUCUAUGAAAUAUUAAAACCAUGACAAAAUAGAUUUUUCAAAUGUUAUAUGUAAUUGAAUUUUAUAUACUUUAUUUGCAUUUUUUUAUCAGAUUUUUAUUAAUAAUUUAUAUAGAUAAUGUGCAGUAUUCAAGUUUGCAUGUUGUAGUACAAAAGGGAUUUAAAUUUUGUUAUCUAGUUACUAGUACAAGUAAAAAGUACAUAAUAUAGUAUAGUCAAUAAACUUU